AUGGGAAAGCUUGUAGCCCUUGGUAUAUCACUCAUCCUUGUUGUUGGUGUCGUCAUCGGUACGGUUGUUGGUGUAAACAAAGGUAGGCAUCCCAAGGAUGACUUGUCUGCAAAAGACAUUGCCAGCGGUGGUACAUCAGCGACAAUGAAAAGCGUCAGCGCAAUCUGUGCCUCCGCCGACUACAAGGAUUCUUGCAUUAAAACCCUUACCCCUGUAGCCAAAAAUGAAAGUUCUACCCCUCAUGACUACCUCAAGGCUGCCUUUGAGGCCAUCGUCCAGGAGGUGCAAGCAGCAAUGGAAAAGUUUGGUGUCAUAGGAAAAGACGCCAAUAGCUCCAUCGAUAAGAUGGCAGUCGGGGAUUGCAAGGAUUUGAUGCAAUUUGCUAUCGCAGAGCUCCAAUCCGCCAUCUCCAUGGUGGAGGACCCUGAUAGGUACCCAGCAAGUGAUCCUGUUGCGGAGUUCAAGAACUGGUUGAGCGCUGUCGUGUCUUACGAAGAGACAUGCACCGAGGGAUUCGAACAGCCAAAGCUGAAGAGCUCAAUGGAGAACGGGCUCCUCAAUGCCACUCAGCUUACUGGCAACGCCCUCACCAUUGUCACCGAGUUGUCUGCGAUACUCAAAGCCUUAAAUAUCCGCUUUGACACAAACAUCAACUCUCGACGCCGACUUUUAGAUGCACAGGGUUACCCUAAUUGGUUCACACUAAAGGACCGUAAGCUUUUAGCUCUGCAAGGCAAUGGACAGUUGACACCCAAUGCAGUGGUAGCCAAGGAUGGUAGUGGGCAAUAUAAGACAAUUGCUGAAGCAAUUGCCGCAUGCCCCAAGAAUAGCGUAUCUAGAUAUGUUAUCUAUGUGAAAGCCGGGACCUAUGAUGAAUACAUUAUAGUUACCAAAGGUCAAAAUAAUAUUUUCAUGUAUGGAGAUGGGCCAACGAGUACAAUUGUCACCGGAAAGAAGAGCAACGCUGCAGGCAUCUCAACAUUUCAGACAGCCUCAUUUUCUGUUAUUGCGGAUGGAUUCAUCGCCAAGUCGAUGGGAUUCGAAAACACAGCCGGUCCCCAAGGGCACCAAGCAGUGGCGCUUCGCGUCCAAGGUGAUAAAGCGGCAUUCUUCAAUUUUAUCAUGGAAUCAGCCAUUGGUGAUUUCAUAAGACCUGAAGGGUGGAUGCCAUGGAAUGGCACCUUUGCACUCGAUACUUUGUUAUAUGCUGAGUAUAACAACCGUGGUCCAGGUGCUAAUACCGCCCAAAGGGUCAAAUGGAAGGGUUUCAAGGUCAUCACCGAUAGGAAUAAGGCUCUUCGUUUUACUGCUGGACCAUUCCUUCUAGGGAAUGAGUGGUUGAAAGACACCGGAGCACCUUUCAUCCUUGGAUUGAAGUACUAA